AUGGAAUCGAGUAAAGAAGAUCCGACACAACCAAUCACUACUAAGACUAAUUAUGCAUCUGAUUACGAAGUUUUAAGCAUUAUAAUAAACUCCUACGUUAACCAGGAUGAUUCUGAAGUGAUCACACUUUGGGAAGGACCUUGUGAUAUGACUAUAAUCAAAGAUCAUUCUAUGAUGAAAGAGGAUGAUACACCAGAGAGCCAGCAGGAGUCUCGAAGCAUUUUAUUCACUUCUUCUAAAAUAAAGAAUCGAUUCCCUAUCGGAUAUGUUAAAAUUGUUCGAUUGGACAGAGAUAUCGAGGAAUUUAAGAAUAAUGAUCUAAGACCUAUCUUGAAUUUUAUCUCUGAACAUAAUAGGAGAGCUCUUGAAUGGCAAAUCAUCUUCGUAGCCUCUCCUACCAAUGAAAGCGGGGUCAAGCACUUCAGGAAAAAUUAUGAAAAGAUUAAGAAAAACUGUUUCUCAUUUGAACAAGCUCAUCGCUUUAGUCGGGUAUUCUUUUUCAAUGAGACAUCAUUUAAAGCCACCAGCAAGCUGCUCAAGGCUCAAAGACUACUGGUUGAUGAGAUUCAGAAUAAUAUGAAAAUCUUGGUAAAUAAAGGCGUGGACAAAUAAAGUUUCCACACUUGCAAAUGAGAUUUCUUACACUCAAGCAAAGACAAUUGGGUCUAAGAAGCAACUAAUUCGGUUUAUAAAUGUAAACGAGAAUUUAGCCAACUUGUACUUUGACCUGGAUCAGACAGAACUUGGACUAACAUUGUAUCAAAAUUUAGGAGACUUGCUGAAUUCACAAAAUUCUAUAUCAUCAGAUUAAA